CAAUUUCUGCACUCCCAUUCAAGUCUGCUAGUCAGCAAAACAAGUCAGCAGAGAGAAGCUGGGAUCUCUAGCAAAAUCUCUAUAUAUAGCAAGUAGCUCUGUAGGGUGUCUGCACCCAGGCACUGUAAUAAGCAAUCGACCUGUUAACUUUCAAUGAUGGAGAGUGCUACAAUCUGUCAAGCAAUAGAUCAAACCUAAGAGGCACUUGCUUUAUUACUUUGCUCUACCUGCCUAAGAAAAAAGGUCAAUUUAGCCUGAUUGGAAGGAGCAAGAAAACUUAAUGCUUUUUCAUCUUUAGCUGCUUUAUUUCUUGUUCACUUGGGAUUGUGGAGUGGUUGGCCUUUGGACUUCCAACUGCCAAGCGGAGCAGACAAACACACUCAUGGUAGAUGCUAAAGGAAAGAACAUGAAAUGUCUGACUUUCUUCUUGAUGCUUCCAGAGUCUGUGAAGAUAAGAUCCAAGAAAGGUCCUAAAAAGGGGAGCCCUACAAACUCGAAACUUCCUCCUGUCUGUUAUGAAAUAAUCACCUUGAAAACUAAGAAGAAGAAGAAGAUGGCUGCUGAUAUUUUUCCCACUAAAAAAACUGUUAAUGCUACCUCUGUCCAGCAAUACCAGCAGCAGAAUCUGAACAACAACAAUACUAUUCAAUCGACUAACUGGCAGGGACUUUAUCCCACCAUCAGAGAAAGAAACUCUGUGAUGUUUAACAAUGAAUUGAUGGCAGACGUUCAUUUUGUGGUGGGUCCUGCUGGUGCAACACAGCGGGUGCCAGGACACAAAUAUGUGUUGGCAGUUGGGAGCUCAGUAUUUCAUGCUAUGUUCUAUGGAGAGCUUGCAGAAGACCAGGAUGAAAUUCGAAUCCCAGACGUUGAACCAGCUGCUUUUCUUGCAAUGCUUAAGUACAUAUAUUGUGAUGAAAUUGACCUUGGUGCCGACACAGUUUUAGCCACUCUGUAUGCUGCUAAGAAGUACAUUGUUCCCCAUCUUGCUCGAGCCUGUGUCAAUUUCCUUGAAACCAGCCUGAGUGCCAAGAAUGCCUGUGUGCUACUGUCCCAGAGCUGCCUUUUUGAGGAACCAGACUUAACUCAACGAUGUUGGGAAGUGAUCGAUGCUCAAGCUGAGCUGGCAUUGAAAUCUGAAGGUUUUUGUGACAUUGAUUUUCAGACGCUGGAGAGUAUUCUUCGCAGAGAAACUCUCAACGCCAAAGAGAUUGUUGUAUUUGAGUCUGCUCUCAGUUGGGCUGAGGCAGAGUGCCAGAGGCAAGAUUUGACUGUCAGUAUUGACAACAAGAGGAAGGUCUUGGGAAAAGCAGUUUACUUAAUACGCAUCCCUACCAUGGCGCUGGAUGACUUUGCUAAUGGUGCUGCUCAGUCUGGAGUACUAACCCUCAGUGAAACCAAUGACAUCUUCCUUUGGUACACAGCAGCUAAUAAACCAGAACUGCAGUUUGUAUGCAAGCCCCGGAAGGGCUUGGUCCCUCAGCGAUGCCAUCGCUUCCAGUCAUGUGCAUAUAGAAGCAACCAGUGGCGUUACCGGGGUCGAUGUGACAGCAUCCAGUUUGCAGUGGACAAACGGGUUUUUAUUGCGGGCUUUGGUCUUUAUGGCUCCAGCUGUGGCUCUACAGAGUAUAGUGCAAAGAUUGAGCUCAAAAGACAAGGUGUCAUUCUUGGUCAGAACCUGAGCAAGUACUUUUCUGAUGGCUCUAGCAACACUUUCCCUGUCUGGUUUGAAUAUCCAGUGCAGAUCGAGCCCGAUACUUUUUAUACUGCUAGUGUAGUUCUUGAUGGAAAUGAACUUAGCUAUUUUGGACAGGAAGGAAUGACAGAAGUACAGUGUGGUAAAGUGACUUUCCAGUUUCAGUGUUCAUCUGACAGCACUAAUGGGACAGGGGUACAAGGUGGGCAGAUCCCAGAACUUAUUUUCUAUGCUUAAAUCUUGUCUAGGCUACCCCAGAACGCUUUUAUCUAAAGACUUUGAGUUCUGUUUUUCACAUAAUUGCAUAUCAUGUAAUGCUAACUUUGUCAGUGCUUUAUUUUAACAGUUAUCAUUUUUUUUCCUUUCAUUCUAUUAUUUUUUUUUAACAUUAUACUUUCUACUUGCAGUAAUUUAAUUUUCUUCAAUUGCAUGCUUUGGAAAUUCAUGGGGUUUUCUGAAGAAAGUUGAUGCUGUGCAUCGUUAAUGAAAAUGGUUGAACAAAAUAAAAAGUUAGUAGUACUAUAAAGGGUCUGAUGCUGCCCUUAGUUACGUAAUGUCUGCAAGCAAAGUGGAUUUCUGUACUAAAAGGUGCAACUUCAGCAUUUAAAUGCAAGUUGGUCAUUUAUUCUCCGCUUCGUGUUACAAAAUAAGAGCCUCAGGGGCAGUUUCAUACUUGCUAUAAAAACCAUAUUUUGUUUUUACAUAAAUUGUAUGCUGCAUUUACGUGUAAUGUUAUAUUUUUUUAACUAAAGUACAAAAGGAGAUUUGACAGCACUGAAUGAGGUCACCAACUUAAGAUAAAGGUUUAAAGGCAUGUUGUAGAUAUUUAUUUAUAUUGCCAACAGUACUGGACAACUUGUAGCAGAUUUUCUUUUUGCUCACUGAGAACCAUGCACCAGAAGUAUAACAAAGCAAAGCACCUUUUUUAUUAUGGUUUUAAUUUACUGUAAACUACUUGUAUUAUAUAACUAAGUGUGAAUACAUUAUAGAUGAACAACUAAGCAAGAGAGCAGAGUCAAUUUAAGGAACUAUAUGACAGUUUUAAAUCUCUUCAAUUUACACCCAAGACAGGAUUUUUUUUUUUUUUUCUUUUUUGUUAAAUGAGUUGUGGACAACAUUACCUUUUGCUCUCCACCCAGGCCUCCUUCCAAAUUUUAACAAAACUGUAUAUUCAUAGACUUUAAAGAAGUUUCCCUCUCUGUCGGGAUCAGUUAACAGCAGUAAGUGGAGCCAUUUGUGCCCAUUUCUGUAGUGUUACUGGAACUGAAAAAAGUGGCAGUUUUUUUUUCCCCUCUGUAAAUCUUUUUUUUUUUUUUUUUUUUUUAAGGAUUGCCUUUUCGUUUUGGAAAUCAAGUUAAAAGAUUCAAUAAUAAAAAGAUAUUUGCUUAAAGUGUAUUUGAUCUGCAGAUACAGAGGCUAGUUCUUUGGACCGUUCCACAUGCCAGUAAUAAAACUCUUUCACACUUUAGUGUAUUGCUGGUUUUGUUUUCUUUUAGUUUUAUGAAUUGUUCUGUGUUUACCUGUCAAUUUGAUCAUAAGCAUUAGAAGUUUAGUUAAAAUGUAUUUUAACACACUCUGCACUAAUUUUGCUUUUGCAUUUACUCAAAUGUAAGGUGAGAUGGCAACUGACUUCUUUGGCUCAGCCUCCACUGAUAGAAAACAUGUCUAUUUUGCUUAUUAAAGUACCUCACGGUGAAUGUUUCUGUACUGUACGUUUUGAUGUGACAGUGCUGAUAGACACAUGAAUGUGUAUGAUAGCAUCAGAUACAAGUUACUCCGUUUUAUGUAAAAAGUGGUGGUAAUAUUUUUAUGUUGAGCAUUGCUCUCUGAAUAAAGGAAAUAUGCACAA